AUGACGUCAUCAGAAUCAGAUUCACAACAGUUGUCGUCGAUCCCUCCAUUCACUUGUUUGGACGAUACGCCGAAGGUACAAGAAAAAGUCGUUUACGCAUUGGCGAGACUACAGGAAAGACAAAGUCCGAAAGAAAGAAGAAAAGCUGUCGGAGUCACGAGCGAAGAAAUCGUCGAGUAUUUAAUUGAAAAUUUUCAAUAUCUCGACGGUGAUAUCGAAAGUCAGGUUAUGACGGCAUUGCUGUCGUGCGUUAAAAGCGGAAUCAUAUGCGCUCGUUACAAUGGUAAAUAUUUGCUGUUGGGCGCUAACCCGAAGAUAAUGAUAUCGAAAUGCAUAACGAGAACGUGUCACGGUUCGAAAUGCUGUUGUUUUAACAUGUUGAAUUUCCUUUCGAAAAUAAAGCCGGAAAAUUGUUGUUCCCUGUCGAUGAGACCGAAAAAAUCAAAUAAGAAAAAAUUAGUUAAAGUUUUCGACAGGAAUAAAAAUCAUCAUAUGAAACAAGUUAAAAAAUCAAAGGAUUACAAACGUAAGAAAAAUAUUAAUUGUUUGCAAAAUUUCGACAAAUCAUUUUUGGAUGAUGAUGAAAAUUGUUGCGAUGGGAAAAGUUUUACGCAUUCGAACAAGUGUAAACGUUGCGACGGAUAUCAUACGACGAAUGAAUUGUCGCAACAUUGCGAAAAAUGUUUUCCGGGUGAUAAAAAAAGAUUUAAUCCUUGUACUUUUUCACCGAGAGAAGAAACAUUCAAUUCCGUUUAA